GGGUAUCUAUGGAGAGCUAAUCAUGAGUCAUACAGGUUGAUAAAUAUUUUCUUAUAACAUCGAGUCGGGAUGAUGAUGACUCAGAGGAUUUCUCCUUAUAAGCGACGAAAGGUCUCUAUUGUAAGAGAUUUUCCACGAUUUAGUGUUAAAGAUCAGAGAAGUGAUGAUGUUGCAGCCAUAAGUGAGACAAAAGAGAAUUUGUAUGGUAGUGAAGAUAGGAAUUGUGUUGGUGGUGUUGCACAUCAGAAUCACCAUAGGCCUAAAGAAGUCGAAUCGUUUGAUUCGAUUAUGAAAAAAGCUGGCUUCAAUGUAGCAGGUAAUGUUGGGAAUGAAAAAUUUCCUCCAUCUAGGAGGAAAGUUCCUUUACUUUGUGAAAGUAAAGUGAAACCUCUAAGCGUAGAAGAAGGUAUUAAACUAAUGGGUUCCGAAAGCCAAAGAAGACGUUGUUUUGGUAAGCCUUUGGUAUCCAAAGUUGCGCAGAAACGUAGAUGCUCACCGGCGAAGAAGAAGUUGUGUAAUGCAACUGCGUUAAGAGUAAGAGCCAAUGCUGUUGUGCAGAAACAUAGAUACUCACCGGGGAAGAAGAAGUUGAGUUAUGCUCAUAGACCAACUCAACACAAAGAUGAAAGGCGGUCAAAUCAACUUGGAGUCCUCUCGGUUAUACAACGAAACCGGCUUUCUAAAGAUCUUAGCCCACGAGAGAAAGUUCAAGAGGUGUUACGUGUUUUCAAACUUGUGUUUGAUGAGCUAGAUCGUAACAAGGCAGCACGGCGAGGUGAAUCAGAGACUGCCAAGAGUAGGAUAGAUUACCAAACUCGGACUAUUCUCAGGGAAAUGGGGAUGCAAGUGAACUGUCAAAAGAGGAUUGGACCAGUCCCCGGAAUCGAGGUUGGAGAUGAAAUUCAGUUCAAAGCAGCACUCAAUGUAAUCGGUCUUCACUUUGACAUCAUGGGUGGGAUAGAUUACAUGAAGAAAGGAAACAAGGAAGUAGCUACGAGCAUAGUAUCAUCUGAAGGUAAUGAUUACGGCGAUAGAUUCGUUAACGAUGUGAUGAUCUAUUGUGGUCAAGGAGGUAAUGUGAAGAGCAAGGAUCAAAAAGCAAUCAAAGAUCAGAAGCUUGUUGGAGGCAAUUUGGCAUUAGCUAAUAGCAUUAAGGAAAAGACUCCGGUACGAGUGAUCCGCGGCGAAAGGAGAUUAGACCAAAGAGGAAAGGAUUAUGUGUAUGAUGGUUUAUACAUGGUUGAGAAGUAUAGGAAAGAGAGAGGACCUCAAGGUAACAUUUUGUUCAAGUUUGAGCUUAGAAGAAAAGCUGGUCAACCUUAUGUUGACUUUUGAAAGGGUUAGUGUGAGAUGGCACUUUGUGUAUUUGGCUUUUUGGGAAGGUAGUACUUACUUAGGUACGUGACCUGUAAUAUCAAAAACCAACUAUAGUGUGGUUCUAGAUGUUGUUUCUUUCUGACAGUAGGUUCAGUAUCUUGCGUUGUACGAAUGUAAUGGAUCCUUAUGAUAUCUUCAUAACUAAAUGAUACUUCUGUGU